AUCUCCGGUACGAGCAGAUAACACCAGUAGGUCGGCGCGAACGUGUGUGGCUUUCUUCUCUCACCCUGCUCCCAACCUCUUCGUUUGUCUCAAGUCGCUUCUUCCAUCUUCCUUCCGCCUCGCGCCUCAGGCAUCUCUGCGGCAGCGGAUGCAAGCCCGAAACUCUAGUUGCGGUGAGUGCGACAACACCUUCACUUCGCUGUCAACGGCCCCCGCAUGAAAAGUGAACUUCUCGCAGUCUUCUCAAACCUCACCUAGGCAACAGCAAUGACUCCCACCAGCGCGUAAGCGACUCUACAGCCACCUUCUGGCUGUAGAUCUCAUGUCGACUCAAGCUGCGAAAGCAGUAUGGCACCGAAAUCCAUGAAGAAGACGACCGCUUCCGCGCAUCUGUUGAGCAGCACAUCACCGAUUGCUGAAAAUGCGCCGCUCGACUACCAAGAAAUUCAGAAUGACGAACUCCAAGCUCUGCAAGCCAUCUUUUGGGAUGACUUCCAAGAGGUUGCUGCGCAAGGCGCCUGGCAGAAAACCACCGAUCGCAGCUUCAGGCUGACUAUCAGAUGUUCCGAGGAUACUGAGCUAUGGGUCGUGCUACUUGUUCGCUUUUCUGCAACAUAUCCCCGCUCACCGCCCGGGCUGGAGCUGGUCGAGUCCAACCGCCUUCACGAGAGGACAGUGAGCCGAAUUCAGAACAUUUUGCGAACUCGGCCCUUGCAGUUGCUCGGAGAGGCCAUGAUCCAUCACAUUGCUGAGGACAUAAUUGAGGCCCUACGCGAUGCUGCAGUCGCACGCCAGCAGAACACAGUGCCCAGUCUGGACGAAGAGAGGGCCAACGCACAGGAACUAACAAACCAGCUGGCAAAGCAAGCAGCUGAAGCCGAAGCACAACGUCAACUGGAAGCAGAGGCCCAAAAGAAUCGAGAACUCGAGCGCAAAGUGAAAGAGGAACUGCGGCAGGAGAACAGAAGAAGAUCGCGCAUGUCGCUCGGCCAGCCUCCUGACCAGCCAGCUCCCAUGCCUGAGAUCGUCUCCUUUGGCCAGACCGCCCAACUUCGGAUGAGACGCGAUGUAGUGAACUUCUCAGACGUUGCACUGUCUGGCGCGCUCACUAACAGCAAAGCGGUCGAGAGUGUCUUUUUGGGUCGACCACUUGCCACGGUCGGCUCGGAUGUGCCAGUCGUUGCCGUCAAGCGCAGGAUUGUUAAGAAGCCCAAAGCUGCCGUGAUAGAAUUAGAAGCACUUCUUGCCAAAGUCGCGAAGCUCGAGCAUCCGAAUCUCCUGAAUGUGCUAACAUAUCGCAUCAACAGCCAGAAUGAGUCGACUUUCGAGCUGUUGCUGUGCCGCGAAUAUGCAGAUCGAGGCCCUUUACAUGACUGGCUAUCGAUGAGCGACCUGCAUCAGAACAAGGCGCAGCAGUUUACGAGAGACCUGCUGGAAGGCCUUCAAUAUCUGCAUCAGAACAGUAUGACUCACGGGUAUCUGAGCGCUCGCAGCGUUUAUAUCACCAGCACUCCGACUUUGUCGCCCAAGCUUUCAGGAUUCGGCUAUGCCAAUGUGCUUGGUCUCAAGGAUGAGAGCGUGCCCAGAGAAUGGCGUGUUCCGUCUGAUCUGCAGGACAGCAAUGCAGCCGACAUUUGGCAAUUCGGCGUGGUCGCAAUUCAGAUGUUCCUGGGUCUGACAACCACAGACACUUAUGACUCGCCCCAUACUCUGAUCGCUGAGGGCGGGCUUUCCCAUCUGCUGGGCGUCUUCUUGAACAAAAUAUUUUCUGCCAAGAAAACGCCUACAUGCUUUGAGCUGCUAUCCGCGGAGGUGCUGCGUACUGACGCACCAAUCACUCAGCCUGGGACAGCACAGCCGCGACAUCAUGCAAGACAGUCUAGCUCAGGCCUUGCCAGCCCGCACCGUCGCUCACGGCACAAUUCGACCAACCAUUCCGAGCCACUUGCUGAUUCACGAUACCUACAGACCUUCACUGAGAAGCGCCGAUUGGGCAAAGGUGGUUUCGGGGAAGUUGUUGAAGCUUAUAACAAACUGGAUCGAAACUACUAUGCGGUCAAGAAGAUCAAGCAGGGCGCAUCGAAUUUGGACCAAGCUUUGGGAGAAGUGGUCCUCCUGAGCCGCGUCAACCACCCAUACGUAGUGCGAUACUACAAUGUCUGGAUGGAAGAGGAUGUUUCAGGGUCAUCUCAGGAAACUGCCAUAUUCAGCGGAGACUCAUCCUCAGAAGAUGACGAUGUCGAUUUUGGGUACCCAAGCACGGGUGGCCUGGAUUUUGUCAGCAACAGCCAUACAGGCUUCGAAUUUGAGGACGAAUUCGAAGACGACAACGACAACGAUGAUGACGGAAUAGUCUUCGAAGAGGAUGAUGAGGAAGAGGACGUUUUCGACGGCAACGGCACUUCCACCAUCUCAACCAGUAAUGGGUCGUCAAAACUUCGGCCCAGAAAGUCAAGGUCGGAUUCGCAUAGAUCAAGCAAGAUCCUUUAUAUUCAGAUGGAGCUGUGCGACACCCGUACUCUUGCCGAUUUGAUCCGCAAGGGCAUCAGUGAAGAAGACUGCUGGAGACUCAUACGGCAAAUCACGGACGCCCUGAAGGCGAUUCAUAAAACGGGAAUCAUUCAUCGCGAUCUGAAGCCACAGAACAUUUUCAUUGACGCUGGCGGCAAUCCCAAGCUUGGAGAUUUCGGGCUGGCCACAAUCACAACGUACGCGACGUCAGACGCGCAUAAUGGAACAGGUUCAAAAGAAACGAAUGGCGGCAUAACGAACAGUAUUGGCACAGCACUCUACGUCGCUCCAGAGUUGCGCACUGGCAGUAGUGUCCAGCAUACUAACAAGGUUGAUAUGUACUCACUGGGCAUCAUGUUCUUCGAAAUGUGUCAGCAUUUCAGCACGGGCAUGGAGAGAGUCGAACAACUGCUCAGCUUGAGAAAGAAGGAUCACAUUCUGCCUCCGGCUUUCCAGCCAGAUGGCGACAAGGCAAACCAGGGACGAUUGAUCGGUCGGCUAGUCUCUCAUAAACCCAAGGAUCGCCCGAACAGCGAAGAAUUUCUCCAGGAGCUCCCAUACAAGAUAGAGGACGAGGCAACACGAAAGGCACUCGCUGGACUUGCAGAUCCUACUUCGGAUUACUAUCGCCAGAUGAUGUCCCAUCUGUUCUCUCACGACAUAAGCGGCGCUCAGCAGGCCAAAGCUAUCGCCUGGGACACGAAGGCAUCUGCAGCCAUCGAGAAGCCGCUGCAUGUACGGCUCAGAAACAUUGUGCGUGAGAAGCUCGAAGCUAUCUUCCACAGACAUGGCGCGGAGGAAACCCGGCGUGACUUCAUCUUCCCAUCCGCUGUGGGAACUCACUACUUCACUCCAACCGUGCUGCAAGUUCUCGAUGCCUCUGGCAAUUUGUUGCAGCUUCCACACGAUCUGAUCAUGCCGUAUGCGCGACAGCUUGCGCGGCAACCAGCGACGACGCGAUGCACCUUCACAUUCAGUGGUGCCUAUCGCGAUUCUGGUGGACCGCCACGAGUGAGCGUAGAAGCUGACUUCGACAUUGCGAAUGACGAAGAAGAUGAUACCGCAAUGAACGAUGCCGAAGCGCUGAAAGUGGUCGAUGAAGCACUUACAGAGCUUCCGCAGUUCGUCGCGCCGCAAGCUGCCUAUCACCUCAGUCACGGCCUGUUGAUUGAUGCAAUCCUUGAUGCUUGUCGAGUUCCGUCCAAGUAUCAACGAAAAGUGAAAGAGAUGCUUGGCAACGUUGGAUACACGAACAGCCAGAAUAUACCUUGGCCCAAGGUCCGAACUGAGCUUCGUAACAUGGGCCUUAUGGAUACGACAUUGGAUGAAUUGCAAGAUUAUGACUGGUCUCUGCCUCCACGCAAAGCUUUCGACAAAUUGACGACGCUCAUGAAGACGGCCGACCAACGUAUCAGAACCAAGUGUGAUACUGCUAUCGAGGAGCUGCGUCGCAUUGUUUAUUUUACCGAGCAAUUCGGCGUCACCCGCAAAGUACUCAUCACUCCCCGCUCUUGCCACAAGGCCGACUUCUAUGCCACAGGCUUCAUCUUCACUGCUGCUGUGGCGGAGAAGAAAGGCAAACGAGUCUUGGCUGCUGGUGGACGCUAUGACAGCUUGAUCAGAUCGCAAUAUUCGACUCAGGCCAACAUCAAGCAAGGUGCUGUCGGCAUCCAAAUCGGCAUCGAGCCCAUCGUGAACCUUCUCGCUCAAAGUGGAGCUGGAUCCAAGUCGACAUUCUUGAAGGACCCUAGGCAAUUGCAGCAACUACCGAAGCGCUGCGAUGUUGUCGUUGUGACUAAUGGCACCGAGAACGUACGCGGUCGAGCAAUAGGGAUUCUCAAGGCACUUUGGGAAAAUGACGUGAAGGCUGAGCUUUCUCGAGCCCACAAAUCGGUUGACUCUCAAGACUACGUGUUCAUCGCAUAUCUGCGGCACGAAACUUCGACUACUGUUCGGGUUGCGAAGACCGAUACUCCAGAGGAGGCGGAAGUCGAAGUCCCAAUCUCUUCCUUGCCCGGCCACAUCCUGCAAGAGCUGCGCGAUCGAGCGACUACCAAAGCACGAAUCCCUCUUUUGAGGAGUCAUUCAAGCCAGCAUGAGACAGAGGAGCGGAAGGACAACAACGUCGAUGUUCUCCGUGUCGACCACGGCGGCCGCAAAGCAAACCAAUACGAGAUCAUCCAAGGAGCUCAACGCGCAUUGGAAAUGUCUCUAGAAGACAAGAAAGCUUCCCAGAUCCUCGCUAUCGAAGCUCGAGGAAGCAUUCUUGACCUUGUCGAAAAGACUAGAUUGAGUGAUCCAGAAAGCUGGCGUCACGCAAUUCAAAGUGCCCAAGCCAACGAGCGCAAAUAUGUUGGAGAGAUCCACGCGAAAUUGUUGGGGUACCGGACUGAUGGGACGCGAGAUGCGUUCUUGUAUAACUUUCGUGCAAGAGAGGGCAUUUGGUACAAUUUGGCUGCUUAGAAGUCAUACAGAUUGGGUCAUUGAAAUGCAGGCAUGAUAGGAUGAUUGCACGAAGUUGAUGAGAUCAAUGGAGAUGAUUGAAACGAAGCAACAGAAAAUGGGCAACAAAAAGAAUGAGAAAGACUUUCCAACACACGCUGGGACUCAUUGGAUGACCGUAGCCUUUCGAAAGUGAAUCUCCAUGUUUUCCAGCACAGUGAUGUUGAAGAGUUGGAGGGAUGUUGGAACCACUCGUGCUGCUGGAGCGGAAAGGGUACAACAUGACGUGCAAUGGAGUAAGAAUCUGUCGAUGGAGAGUCGGUCAGGAACGAUGAGACUGAGGUCUUUCGCAAGUCAGCCCAACGCACAUAGCCUCCAAGUAGUGCAUAAUCACAGCUAGGCACCUGG